AUGGCGGACCCGCAGCUCAAGAUGAAGACCCACCACCGGCGGCAGAUCCCGGACUGGGAGCGCAAGUUCCAGUGCCCCCACCCGCUCUGCGGGAAGCGCUUCACGCGCAAGUUCUCGAUGACCGAGCACAUCAAGACGCACACAGGCGACAAGCCGCACGAGUGCACGGCCAAGGGCUGCGGCAAGAAGUUCACGACCGCCGGCAACCUCGCGCGCCACCGCAAGAUCCACGACUGCGCGACCAAAGACAACAACCACAACAGCGAGACGUCGCCGUCCUCGACCAAGUCGUCGGCCGACGACUUUAACCCGCCCAUGGACAAGGCGCAGCUCGCGCGCCGCCGCUUCUCGGUGCCGACGACGUCGGCCGAUUUUUUUACACAGUACAAGCCCGCGCAGAGCGCGCUCCUCUUUGCGGACCCGGCCACGAUCCUCCAAAACAAGAUCGAGGCGACGCGGAGCUUUGAGACGGGCGCGACCGACGCGGCCGAGAAAAUGGGCGCCUUUGCGCCGCCGCAAUGGAUGGGCGUCGACCUCGCAAAUACACACCCGAUCCCGUACCGACCGCCGACGCAUCAGCCGCCAAUGGCCCACCCGCGCAGCCAAAGCCUCACGCACGCACAGCUGAGCUCGCAGCUCCAGGCGUUCCAGGCCAGCCUCCGGUUUGAUCCGUCCACGUCUUAUGCCGGGUCGCCGCACCGGAUAAACAUCGACACGCUUCUGCAAGACCCGGACGAGAUGGACGACAUCAAGGAAGAGGACGACGAGCAUUUGCUACACAACAACAACAACAACAACAAUGCGAUGCUGUGCGCGCCCAACCCGAUGCUGCUGCCCAACGCGCCUGGCGCCGGCCUUGGACUGGGCAUGUCGUUCGAAGCGCAGAAACCCAUGGGGAUGCACCUCGCGGCGCCGGCCGCCGACGCAUUCGAACCGUACGCGCCGACGCCGGAGCUUGAUUUCGAAGACUCUGAAAUCAUCCAAAUGUUGAUUUCGGAUCGGUCCGACGAUGAAGUGCUCUCGCCCUCGUACAGCGACAUCAACAGCAACAACAACCACAACCACAGCCAGAACGAGUACCUCACGACGACGUCCAGCAUGAUGUUUGACAUGCCGCCCGAGUGGCACCAGAAAACCGAGGCGUACCGGUCGUCGACGCCCGCCACGUACACGCCCACGCCCACGAACGGCGUCGCCAACGGGCUCAACUAUUGCUCGGCAUGA